AUGGAAACUUUUCAAGCACUUACUGAUUCCGGAUUGUCUAGAGUCGACGAGUCUGAGCAGCUUCGUAUUGAUAUAAAAGUUGCUACUCAAGAGAUUAGUAACUUGAAAUCCAAAGUACUUUUACUAGAAAACCGACUCCGUGAGCUAGAAAUCUGCAAAAAGUAUCCAGAGCUGCGGGAAUUCCAUACAGUUUAUCCAGAUGGAACACCGAUUCCUACACUACCAGAAUAUUGUUUGCCAUCGCCUGUUCAAUCAGAAAAAAACAUCCUUGUUCAAACACAGAAACUCGAUAGCAAAGGCCAUGUAAACACCGAUUCACAAUCUAUUGUGGAUAAAACUGAACAGCAAGGAACAUGCAUGUUUGAUUCGAUCACAUCUACACAAGUCGCAUUACCUCCCCUACUACCGUCACCUAUAUCACCAAUAGAUUGCAUCACACUUCCUGUAGAUGACGUAACUCGACCACGAUACCCAAUCAAACCUAAUGCUUCGAUGCCGUAUUCACUCUCCUGUUCUGCUUUAUCAGUCAAGCAAAAGGAUAUGCCACGCUUGAUGUUGGAUUCAACUGACGCAUGUGUAUCAUCUUCCAGAUCCAAUACAUCUCAGUCCAACUCAUUAGACUGCACUCGUACUCCCACAUUAUCAAAUCAAGUAGAAAUGCAUAGCCCAAACUUUCAAAAAAAUGCACUCAGUCAACAUAUACAAUCUCUAAAGUCGGAAACUGAUUUUAGCUCACAAGUUCGCUCAACACAUAUUUCACGCCGAGCAUCCGAGGCUCGACAAAUGCCUUUUAGCUCGGCAUAUUCCAUCACAGAUCAAAACAAGAUCCAGGAAUUAAAUAAUAAUUCUGUAUCUUUGAUGAGUAUUGCAGAUGAUAUGAGUGCAAUGGUUGCCGCCGAGUCGGAGAUAUCGUUGUUGUCAUUCUAUGCAUUUGAAGAUUCAUCAAUGACUCAACUACAUGAACGAAAUUCUAUUUCCAUGCGCUCUAAAUCCGUCGCUAAUUCAAGUGAAGGUAAUAGAUAUAUGGGUAGCGAGCUAAGAUCUGCCAAAGUGAUUGGAGCUCAAUCAACAAAUGGCUGGAGUGAAAAUAAAUGGACAAAGAUGGUUGCACAAGAGCCCAAACCAGCCGAGCCUUUUCAACCACAACAAGUGGACAUUGAAACAAAAAACCAUGAUAUACUCUCCAUCAAUAACUCUACUAACGCUCCUACCAUAGCUAUUGAAAAGCAAGACGCGAUCAAUCCGAGUCAGUAUUAUACAGAUUCGAUGGUUAUGAAUCGACCUUCAACCAAAAGCUUUGAUUUUUUGUCCAAUAAUUCUACAGCCGCUAUUUGCGAACUAGAUCGACUUUUUAUCCAGCGUCUGAUGGCAGAAACGACAUUCAAAUCAUUUAUUCCACGACCUGUGUUUAGUAGUGCAAAAGUGCUUGCCGAGUAUGCAAAUCUAUUUGAAAAAGCGAAUGAUUUUUUGGUUCAAUUGGAAGAAUACAAUACAAAAUGCCAUAUUACUGUAGAGAAAGCGCUUUCUGCUCAAAUGCCUUCUAGUGAUGCUCGACCCAGAAGUUUUUCGGUUCAACCUAUACAAUAUACUAUGGAAAAUAAUGACACGUCUCGACUGCAUAUAUCAACUGCUCAGCCAUCUCGUCAAAGAUCCAGAUCAGAAUCUCCAAAGUGUACUCAAGUCAAAAGCAUGGAUCUAUCUUAUACAUCUACGGCCCUGUCCAACCCUCGAUCAUUCGCGAGUAUAAUACAGCCAUUGGUAAUCGCAAAAUCCAAGUUCAGACAACAUUGUGUGCGUAGCCUAUCUACUCCGCCAAAUAACCAGACAUCUAACUCAACACGAAAAGGAUGGAACAGCAGCUGUCAUGUAGGUUCCACACCGGUGUAUCGAGGUGCAUCGCUUCGAAACAAGGACACAUACAGUCGCGAUGAAAAUGCUACAGACGAUACUGGAGACAACAUGGUUGAUGUAUGGUCGAGCCCCACUAAUACAUCAUUGCAACAUCACACUAAUUUGAGCAACAGAAGUAGUUUGUUUGGGCAAGUCAUUAAAUUGGAUGAAGAAAAAAAUACGAGACCAAAGACAUCUAGGGGUAGAGUGAGUACAAGUGACAAACACGAACAAGUGAAUCUGCAAGAAGGUUGUGCAUUGGACUCUAAUCAAUAA